CAGCUGCUUCAGUGGUAGAAAGCUGUAUUGGAAGUCAAAUCUGUUCAAUUCGUUUACACUCGCUCAAAUUAUGAAAGUUUCCAUUUUUCUGGUAACGUUUUCGCUCGCCGUUUUCUGCAUUAGCGCAUAUGCAUUCAACACUGAAGAACAUGUGAAACGUUUCUUUCGUCCCGAGCACCGACACCUUUUACCCGAGACAACGAGCCUACAACUCCUGGAUGAACCUCGCCGAGCUCUGCUGCCACAGCAUGACGAGUCUACCCAAUGCUUAGCUGCCUGUGAGAAAAACUGUGAAAAAAUCGAAGUAGAGGAUUUUUUGACGAAGGCCGAGAACUUCCGAAAAUUUGAGUUCGACGACGUUGCGGCGGACUGUGUUUUGGCAUCCACUGUUGUGUUCGCUAAGCCUCCGUACAAGUGUGACUGGCUUGAGCUGUACCAGUUUGACUGCUGUCGGGCCUGCAAUGCACAAUUCGAAGAGUGUAAUAAAGAUGUGCGCAGAAUUCCCGGUGGACCAGAAUUCUGCUAUAGGAAGCAAUAUAAGUGCCAGUGCGACUGCCUCAAUAAACACAGGCCCGUAGAAAAUUCAGAACAGAUCAAGCCCUAGUGAGCGACGAUCAGGGGCUUUUAUCUGGAAUGAAAUCUUUUUAGUUAGUGGAAGGGCUUGCCCUUGAUACGCUAUGGAAUUUGAUUUCCAGCAACUUGUGUCAUUUUGUAUAAUUCUCAUGUGUAGUGCGUUACUGUAGUCUCCAAAACUUUAGAAGGCUUGUGCAAACUGUUUAAUUAUGGAACGAAAUAAAUGUUUAAAUGUAUCA